AUGCCUGGCAUCCCAACCCAAAACAACGGCCUUGAAGUCAACGACGGCCGCCUCCUCCCCGAAAACAUCGCAUAUCUCACACCCUCCUACCCCUCUGAACCCAUAGAAACCCUUCGCGCCCGCUAUGAACAAGAUGGCAUGCUCCUCCUCAAAGGCCUCCUCCCACGCGCCGAUGUCCUGCGCACACGCACAAAGUACUUUGAAAUGAUGUCCCCUUCCGGUGUCCUGCAGCCAACUACCCAGCCAGUCCAAGGAAUCUUCAAUUCGGCCCGUUCCCCCGACGACUUCCCCGGCAUCGGCGCCGGCGCAACAGGACAAAACGGCCGCCCAGGCGGCGAAGGUGCCCAGAGAUUCGUCGAUCUAGCCAUCGAAGCUCACUACCAGGACUGGUACACAAAGGAUCUAGCUAAACACCCUGCUCUACUCGACUUUGUGGCCAAGUUUACGGGCUGGAAGGAGAAUACCUUGGGACUCAAUCGGACUUUGUUGAGGAAUAAUGUCCCAGGCACGAAGCCAAUUGGUGUGCAUUACGAUCAGAUCUUUUUGAGGUAUGGGGAGCCGACUAGUGUGACGGCUUGGGUGCCGAUUGGGGACGUGAGUUUGUCCGGGGGUGGAUUGAUAUAUCUCGAAGAUGGCGACGAAGUGGGGGCCCAGAUCGAAGCAGAAUUCACCAAAAAAGCUCAAGAAGCAGGCAUGACCGAAGAAGAAGCCAGGAAUGCAUUCAAUCAAAACAUGAUGUCGACGGGCUUGCUGUCUGAAUACCCCCUUGAAUUCGCGCGUCAGUACAAUCGGCGCUGGCUGGUGUCGGCUUAUGAAGCUGGGGAUGUGGUUUUGCACAAGCCGCAUGCUAUUCAUGCGUCCACCGUGAAUAACGACCCUGAUAAUGUCAUAAGACUAGCCACUGACUUGAGAUUUGUUGAUCAAUCCAAGCCAUAUGACGAGCGUUGGACACACUUUUACAGAUUUGGAGACGGAGUGUAG